CCAUUUUUUAGAGUUAUGGAGGCUAUUUGAUCGUAAACAUACUUUAUAAAUGUGCAUUCAACCGCCCACAUUGACAACGUAAAAUCAAAUUGUAAAACUAAAAUCCCUAAACUCCCAACCCCUAACGAUUUUCACCAGCAAUUCAUCUCCAAUCGAAGACCCUCGCCAUCCCUUCUCCAAUCGACCGGAGACGCCAUCCCUUCCACCGAACGGCGACACCUUCAGUGUAACAAUUGACCCGCGACGCCAUCUCUUCCAUCACACCUCCACCAUUGCUGAUCGUUUUUAAGUUCCCAUUUCAAGUUUUUGGACCUUGAUGAAGAUGAAUUGCAACCUGAUCUGGAAAGAGUAUAUGGGGAAAAACGAUCAGAAGAUGCAUAGAUAAGAAGAAGAAAAAGGUUCGUGAAAACCCAUUUUGGGCUAGGAUUGAUAAACUGAUAGAGGCUAUUACUGAGAAGAGUUUGGGAUCUAUGGUGCCCUAUCGCAAUGGAGGUGCGAAUGCACAAGAGAACGGAAGAGCUGCAACUGAUUUAUAUUCCAUGGCAAACUGUCAGCAGAUUUUGACAAGUAUGGAGUUGGAUUUCAGCAUAUUCAUCGGGGCUGUGAAGUUCUUAGUUGACAAGCCGGCAUGGCGUGAAAUAUUUGUGAACAUGCCACCAGAGCAUAGGGCAUUUUGGGUGCAUCAUGACUUUAAAACAAGCGCUGCAACUUUAUAUUCCAUGCCAAACUGUCUGCGGAUUUUGACAAGUAUGGAGUUGGAUUUCAACAUAUUCAUUGGGGCUGUGAAGUUCUUAGUUGACAAGCCGGCAUGGCGUGAGAUAUUUGUGAACAUGCCACCAGAGCAUAGGGCAUUUUGGGUGCAUCAUGACUUUAAAACAAGCGCUGCAACUUUAUAUUCCAUGCCAAACUGUCUGCGGAUUUGGACUAGUAUGGAGUUGGAUUUCAACAUAUUCAUCGGGGUUGUGAAGUUCUUAGUUGACAGGCCGGCAUGGCGUGAGAUAUUUGUGAACAUGACACCAGAGCAAAGGGCAGCUUGGGUGCAUCAUGACAUUAACAAUUGA